AUGGCAUCUUCAGCAGCCACCUCUGAACCGAUAGAGCACUGCACAAUUGAUAGUUCGGCAAAAACCCAAGAAUAUGCCCCUGCCCCUUUUGUGAUUCAAUCUAUCAAUGCUGGGGAUGACCUUCCUUCAACAUUGCUACAAGUUUUGUCAUUUCAGAAAAUGCAGAACAACACAGAUGAUACUGACAGACAUAAAUUAGUGUUAUCUGAGGGCACAUACAUGCAGACUAUUGUAAUACUUAGUCUGGAAGUGAAACAAAGUGAUUGCCCAUUCUUUGGUAAACCAGUAUACCUAUUCAAAGAACAACAACCAGAAAUAAUGUCUGAGGAUAGACCAUCAACAUCUAAACGAUCUCUUCAGUUUGCCACUGAAUUGCCAUCCCCACAAACAACAACUUCUGAAAAUAAAAGCCCUAUCAAAACUUUGAAUCCAUACCAAAAUAAAUGGACAAUCAAAGGGAGAGUUACUCAUAAAUGCCCUAUUAAGGCAUAUAGCACAACCACAAAAAAUAGCCAUGUGUUUAGCUUUGACAUUGUUGACUGUGAGGGUUAUGAAAUUAGAGUCACAUCUUUUGAUGAAAUAGCUCAGUUACACUCUAACUAUGUGGACGUAGGUUCACAUUAUAUUAUUUCAAAGGGAUCCAUCAAGGAGGCAAAUGCGAGGUACAACAAACUAAAUAGUCAUUUAGAAAUCAUCUCGUCUAAUGCAUCCAUACUGAAACGCUGCAGCAACAAAGAACAAGCAGAUCAACAACGUCCUCUUUUCACGCCCAUUAGUGAAUUGUUUCAUCUAACAAAUAACAUGUUGGUUGACAUAAUUGGCCUUGUUUUAUAA